AUGAGCCUGCCUUUCUCCAGCUGCCUCCUCUUCCUCCUCCUUCGCUUGCUUAGUGGCCACUUGAUCCUCCCGGCUCUGGCGCGCCCGCGGCCCCCACGGGCGCAAUUUGGAGAGGCCGAGCCCCACAGCAGCCGCAGCAAUCUUGGAAAUCGCCCUGCUACUUCGUCUCUCUCCUCCUCCUCCUCUUCCUCCUCCUCCUUUCCCGCGCCUUCCUCUUAUUCCUCCCCCUCCGCGGGAGUUCAAAGCGGCGGCUCGGAGAUGAGCAGUUUUAAGUGGAGUCCCUCCGGGCGUCGAACGGGCAGCCUCUACUGCAGAGUGGGCAUCGGUUUCCACCUCCAGAUCCACCCGGAUGGGCUGGUCAACGGCUCUCACCACGACAGCCUCUUAAGUAUGGUGGAAAUAUUCGCCGUGUCUCAGGGGAUAGUAGGAAUACGUGGAGUUUUCAGCAACAAAUUUUUAGCCAUGUCGAAAAAAGGAAAACUGCAUGCAAGUGCCAAAUUUACCGAUGACUGUAAGUUCAGGGAGCGGUUUGAAGAAAACAGCUACAACACCUACUCCUCAGCAGUUCACAGGACUGUGAAAACGGGAAGGGAGUGGUACGUGGCUUUGAACAAGAGAGGCAAAGCCAAACGUGGGUGCAGCCCACGAGUAAAACCCCAGCAUGUCUCCACUCAUUUCCUUCCACGGUUCCAACAAACGGAACCCCCCGAACUUUCUUUCACAGUGGCUGUCCCCGAGAAGAAACGACCACCGGUGGCCCUUCCAGCCAAGCCCAAAGUUCCUCAGAAGAAACCGGUCAAGUACAGACUCAAGUUUCGCUUUGGAUAG